CGGCAAAAGGGCAAUUGGAAUCGAUUUCCUCCCUCGCCACCACGUGACAAGCAGGAAGUGCCGCCCGCUCUGUGGAGUACAGCGGCGUUGGCUCGCUCCCCUUGGCCGCCUCCUGAACUCGAACGUCGUCUUCACGUCGCCGAUCGGCUCCCUCGAAUCGUUUCGUUUUGCGUCGAGGGUAACGCGCACACACACGCGCGCACAUGGCCGAACUGCCCAAGCGCAUCAUCAAGGAGACGCAGCGGCUCAUGACGGAGCCCGUGCCGGGAAUCAGCGCCGAGCCGGAUGAGAGCAAUGCGCGCCACUUCCACGUCAUCAUCAUCGGGCCCCCCGACUCGCCCUUCGAGGGCGGCACCUUCAAGCUGGAGCUCUUCCUCCCCGAGGACUACCCCAUGGCGCCGCCCAAGGUGCGCUUCAUGACCAAGAUCUACCACCCCAACGUGGACAAGCUGGGACGCAUCUGCCUGGACAUACUCAAGGACAAGUGGUCACCGGCGCUGCAGAUCCGCACGGUGCUGCUGUCGAUCCAGGCGCUGCUGAGUGCACCCAACCCGGACGACCCCCUCGCCAAUGACGUCGCCGAGCUGUGGAAGGUUAACGAGGCCCAGGCACUUGAGAAAGCAAGGGCUUGGACGAAGCUUCACGCGAGGAGCAAUCAGUAAGGAGUGCACUUGAGCCGCCGUAAUGCUUGAAUCUUCUCGACAGGAUGCUUUCCAACUUGCGACUAGCUGUGAAAACGCACUCUAAAAAACUCUCACUCUGCUGAUGUAUGCCGUUAGGUUCACUAUUAAUAGCGUUUUGGUUUCCACGGAUGUGUUUUCUUUUUUUUUGCUCGGCAGGAUUGUUAAAAGCACCCGUGCGCGCUCCGCGUACUUGCACGCCGCCCGCAGCAACGCGCCGGUUGUGAAGUGCGUGCGUAAAAACUGUCAAAAAGAUGAACGACGGAAGGCCCGUGUACGCUGCUUCAAAUGAUGUGCCUGUUAAAAUGAUGCUCACCCACAACGGGCCUGCUCCGAUUCACUUCGCGCGCUCAUUUGCACGUGCAAUCUAUGGCAGCAUGCGCAGCCAGAUUGCAGGGUAGUUGCGUUUGUGAAUGGGCCUUUGCAAUUAGUCCUUUCAAUUUUCUUCCUUGAUUCAAUGUCAUAAAAUGUGUGUUGCCCUUGGUAUUGAAUUCGUACUUGGAAUUGCCCGGCAUAUCUAGACCUCAACAGUUCAUCAAUAACACUGCCCUAAAUAAAAAUAUAUAUACGAUAGGUGACAUUUUGGGCAAUGGCCCUUCAAAUUGGAGGGAUGAUCUCUCUGCUCAUGAAUGUGUUGGCUUUUUGCUGUGUGUGCAUCACUGUCAACGCAGCAUCACAACAACAUGUUUGGUCAUGUUUGGUCCAGCUAGAGCAGCAGGCUUAUAAGAGCGGUGUACAAUUAAAAAGUCAAAACAAAUUAUUAGCGUAUCAAUUCAAGCUACUUUGUGGUUGUGCAUAAAUAAGGAAUUACAUCUUCUUUGGUUCUUUCUUAAAUCGAAAUUUAAGGAAUUACAGUUCAGGAAUUGCUUUUCCAGAGGUGGAAAAGGACUGGGUAUAACUGCUUGCACGCCAUACGUAACCAACCAUGCUAAUCAGAGGCGUGGGGAAGGACAAACUAAAUACAAAAAGCAGUUUUAAAGAAAUGUUUUCAAUCUAUAUUUUAAAGUGCAUUGCUCUAGUGGUUUCCUGAUAUCGGAAGAGCGUUUCAGACUGCCACGGAGGUACAUCUAAAAGCGCGUGAUGGGGUAACUGCCUGACGGCUAGCCAAGGAUAAAAAUGCUCUGUCACUAACAUUUUCUGCUUUCAAGCUGAAAAAUGCUCCAGUCUGCUAAAGAGCAAAUACCCAAAAUGUAAAUGUAGUAGAAUCUUUUUGUGAAUCAGUGGUUGGCGUACUGUACGAUGAACUUACCCAGGUUCAAUUCCUGGCGACUGCGAGCAAUGGCAUGGGCUUCCCCCUUCAAGCCACACAGACCAGCGUGGUGAAGCAUGAUCAAUAAAAUCCCUGCAACGAAUAAGCCAUUGGGAGGCCUUCAUCCAACAGUGGAUAGGCAAAAAACUGCACAUUACACUAAAGAAACUGCCGAUGGUGGUGGUGAAGUAUCUCCAAACAGAUGCAUCUUCGGUGACAUUGCCCUUGAAUUGUCAAGCCGCUCCCCGUUUACACCAGGUACUUAACACUUUACCACACACUAUCCAAUCGAAUUUCUCAUGUGACAUCGGCGCUUUGCGAAACCUCUGGCAAAGCUUAAGGUUCCACUGUGGCUGCUGGUAUGCUGUUUAUGAACAAGUUUGCCCUUCAACCUUAUUUACAGACCUUACUUACCAUUUUAUUUUUCAAUUGCGAUGCAUCUGACCACUGGAUACACCGUUGCGUGUUGAAUUCUUGAGUGUAAAUCUUCACGCUCUUUAUUUCUUAAAUAAAUAUUUUUAAAAACUGUAAAAGGUU